ACAGGUGACACUGCAAUGAAAGGAGACGCUGCCAAAGCAGGCCUCCCCAAUGGCACUAGCCUGGCCAAGCCCCCCUCGGAGGAGAAGAUGGAGGACCGGGGCCAGUGGAGCAACAAGCUCGAGUUUAUUCUGUCUGUGGCCGGCUCCAUCAUCGGCCUGGGCAACAUGUGGCGCUUCCCUUACCUCUGCUACAAGAACGGAGGAGGUGCGUUCCUCAUCCCCUACCUGAUCUUCCUGUUCACCUGUGGUGUGCCUGUCUUCUUCCUGGAGACAGCGCUGGGCCAGUACACCAGUGAGGGAGGCAUUACCUGCUGGAGAAAAAUCAGUCCGUUGUUUGAAGGUCUUGGCUAUGGCACCCAGGUGAUAGUGACUCUGUUGAACUUCUACUACAUCAUUGUUCUGGCCUGGGGGAUUUUCUACCUGUCCUUCUCUUUCUCCUGGGACCUUGCCUGGUCAUCCUGCAACAACACAUGGAACACCGAAAACUGUGUGGAGUUUGCGAGGAGAAACACCUCAAUCAACCAAACAAUCAACUCAAAUGCUACGUCUCCAGUCAUGGAGUUCUGGGAGAGGAGAGCGCUGAGGAUUUCCCCAGGCAUUGACCACAUGGGCUCUCUGAACUGGGACCUGGCCCUGUGUCUUUUCAUCGCCUGGGUCAUGUGCUACUUCUGCAUCUGGAAGGGGGUGAAAUCCACAGGAAAGGUGGUCUACUUCACGGCGACCUUCCCCUAUGUGAUGCUGAUCGUGCUGUUGAUCAGAGGGCUCACCCUGCCUGGUGCCGGGAUCGGGAUCCAGUUCUACCUUUAUCCAGACCUGGGGCGACUGGCAGACCCUCAGGUGUGGAUGGAUGCUGGCACCCAGAUCUUCUUCUCCUACGCCAUCUGUUUAGGGGCGCUGACUGCUCUGGGAAGCUACAACAAAUACAACAAUAACUGUUACAGAGACUGCCUGGCGUUGUGCUUUCUGAACAGCGGCACCAGUUUUGUGGCGGGCUUUGCGAUCUUCUCCAUCUUGGGCUUCAUGGCCUUUGAGCAGAAUGUUCCCAUCUCAGAAGUGGCAGAAUCCGGUCCUGGUCUGGCCUUCAUAGCUUACCCCCGCGCUGUCAGCAUGAUGCCUUUCUCUCCUCUGUGGGCCGCCCUCUUCUUCAUCAUGAUUGUGUUUCUGGGACUUGACAGUCAGUUUGUGUGUGUCGAGAGCCUCGUGACAGCGGUAGUCGAUAUGUACCCUGCUGUGUUCAGACGUAAAAACCGCAGGGAGCUCUUCCUGUUAGCCGUCUCUUUUGCCUCCUUCUUGAUGGGCCUCAUCAUGCUGAUGGAGGGCGGCAUGUAUGUUUUCCAGCUCUUUGAUUACUAUGCAGCCAGUGGGAUGUGUCUUCUCUUCAUGGCCAUCUUUGAGACUGUCUGCAUUGCAUGGGUCUAUGGUGCGGAUCGCUUUUACGAUAACAUUGAGGACAUGAUUGGCUACCGCCCAGGACCUUACAUCAAGUACUGUUGGUUGUUCUUCACCCCAGCCACGUGCAUUGGUACCUUCGCCUUCUCUCUCAUCAAAUAUACCCCGCUAAAGUACAACAACGAGUACGUGUACCCCUGGUGGGGUUAUGCCAUUGGCUGGCUGCUGGCUCUCUCCUCCAUGGUCUGCAUUCCACUUUGGAUGGUGUACAAGUUCAGCACCACCCAGGGGACAUUCAGAGAGCGCUUGCAGGUGCUCAUCAAACCAUCUGACGACUUACCCAAAACCAAGAGGGAGCAGGAGAAGUUACUGGCCAUCUUUGCUCCUGAAGGAGAAGCCACCAUGACUAGAAACGGCUACUAUCCCGUCUCAGAGACAGACUCCAACUUAUGAGGCCCCCAGUGGUGACGAUACAGGAAAGACAUGUGGGUUUUGGUUCCAUCCUUGAUUUGCUGCACCCUUGCCUCCAUCCCAAAGAUCACUGCAGGGAAAGAUGCAAAAAAGUGUCACAUCAUCUACAUUUAAUGCAUAACAGAUAUGGAUGACUCAGGAGGCCUACAGUGUGUUGGGUUUGGCAGCGCAUUUACAUUUCAGGGAUGGCAGUAAUGAAAUAAAAAAUAUUUAAAAAUAUAUAUCAAACAGUCAUUUACUGGUUGAAUUAGAAGCUUUAGAGGGGUCAAGGGCAUUUUCAGGGAAAAAAGUUAUUUCCUCUACUCACACUUAAAUUUAUUAAUAGAUUGGCAGAUGUUGUUUAGCUCUGCAUUUAAUAGAUGAUGUAAAUGAACUGAUUCAAGUUCAGGUGAAAUUCAUGAGUCAGCCUUGUUGUUAAAAAUGUUAAAAAAAAAAUUGUUUGUGCCAUUUCUCUCUUUUAAAGGUGGUGAUUGUAGAGACAGACAAACAUGUUCCACCAAAAGUUGAAGAAUCUUUUAUUAUACAUAACAAGGAUAACGUUUGUACAAAUGUAACACUUUGUUAGCCAAAUCAGUAAUGGGACAGGUUAACCAUCUUUUACUGCUAUGUGUGAACUAUGUUUGAGUGUAUUGCUUCAUGGCUACUUAGCCAUAUUUGUAUCAUAUGUUGUAUUAUCAUAACUGAUUGGGGAAAGUUUCCCUUUUGUAUUUACAAGAAUUAAAAUGAAAUGUUGUGUUUCACUUGAAUAGACUGUGUAAUAAAAGGAUAUAAUGUGAGUGAAAAUUGUAACACUGUAGCAAAGCAAAAGCUGUAGGACUAACAUGACAUAUAAAGUGUAGUUUCAUAUUUUGUACUGUAACAUAAUGUGACUGUACAAAGAAAUGUGAAUCUUGUAAGUGUGUUUUUAAAUAAACAUGCAAAAUGUAA